AUGAGGGAAGUUGUGGCAGAAGUAUCCCUGACUGGGGCCUCCUCAGCUGGAGGCUGCAUCUGGCCACCAGGUAGUGUUGGGAGCCUGGCCCUUGAGUCCCUUUGGAGCCCCGGUCUCACCUUCAGAACAAAGGCCUCCAAGAAGCUGGUGAACUCUGUGGCAGGCUGUGCCGAUGAUGCCCUUACAGGCCUCGUGGCCUGCAACCCCAACUUGCAGCUCCUGCAGGGUCACCGGGUGGCCCUCCGCUCUGACCUGGACAGUCUCAAAGGCCAGGUGGCUCUGUUGUCAGGCGGGGGCUCUGGCCAUGAGCCUGCCCACGCUGGUUUUAUAGGGAAGGGGAUGCUGACAGGGGUCAUCGCAGGAGCCGUGUUCACCUCCCCAGCCGUGGGCAGCAUCCUGGCAGCCAUCAGGGCAGUGGCCCAGGCUGGCACAGCGGGGACCCUCCUCAUAGUGAAGAACUACACAGGGGACCGGCUCAACUUCGGCCUGGCCCUGGAGCGGGCCCGGGCUGAGGGCAUUCCGGUGGAGAUGGUGGUCAUUGGGGACGACAGCGCCUUCACUGUCCUGAAGAAGGCAGGCAGGCGGGGGCUUUGCGGCACCGUGCUCAUACACAAGGUAGCGGGUGCCCUGGCUGAGGCUGGUGUGGGACUAGAGGAGAUCACCAAGAGGGUGAACGCAAUCGCCAAGGCCAUGGGUACCCUGGGGGUCAGCUUGUCCUCCUGCAGCGUCCCUGGCUCCAAACCCACCUUUGAGCUCUCCAACGAUGAGAUAGAGCUGGGCCUGGGCAUCCAUGGGGAAGCCGGUGUGCGUCGGAUAAAGAUGGCCACAGCCGAUGAGAUUGUGGGGCUCAUGCUCAAUCACAUGACCAACUCCUCCAAUGCGUCCCAUGUGGCCGUGCAGCCAGGCUCCUCCGUGGUGCUGAUGGUCAACAACCUGGGCGGCCUAUCCUUCCUGGAGCUGGGCAUCAUAGCCGAUGCUGCUGUCCGCUCUCUGGAGGGCAGUGGGGUGAAGAUUGCCCGGGCCCUGGUGGGCACCUUCAUGUCUGCACUGGAGAUGCCUGGCGUUUCCCUGACCCUCCUGCUGGUUGACGAGCCCCUUCUGAAAUUGAUAGAUGCUGAAACCACUGCGUCAGCCUGGCCCAGCACAGCCAAGGUCUCUGUGACUGGGCGGAAGCGGAGCCGCGCAGCGCCCCCCGAACCCCCAGAGGCACCCGGCUCCACUGUCACCCAAGACUCUGCCUCUAAGUGGACGGUGCUUGUGCUGGAACGAGUGUGCACCACGCUUCUGGGCCUGGAGAACCACCUCAACGCCCUGGACAGGGCUGCUGGUGAUGGGGACUGCGGCACCACCCACAGCCGCGCUGCCCGAGCCAUCCAGGAGUGGUUGAAGGCCAGCCCACCCCUCGCCAGCCCUGCCCAGAUGCUCUCCAGAUUGUCCAUCCUGCUGCUGGAAAAGAUGGGAGGCUCCUCAGGGGCGCUCUAUGGCUUAUUCCUGACUGCAGCUGCCCAGCCCCUCAAGACCAAGACUGACCUGCCUGCCUGGUCAGCUGCUAUGGAUGCCGGCCUGGAGGCCAUGCAGAAGUAUGGCAAGGCUGCCCCAGGGGACAGGACCAUGUUGGACUCUCUGUGGGCAGCAGGGCAGGAGCUCCAGGCCUGGAAGAGCCCAGGGGCUGACCUGCUUCAGAUCCUGACCAAAGCCGUGAAGAGUGCUGAAGCUGCAGCCGAGGCCACCAAGAAUAUGGAAGCUGGAGCCGGAAGAGCCAGUUACAUCGGCUCUGCCCAGCUGAAAGAACCAGACCCCGGGGCCGUGGCAGCUGCAGCAAUUCUCCGCACCAUCCUGGAGGUCUUACAGGGCUAG